GUAGCCUGACGCUGAAUGUUUUGUUGCAGUGGAAGUGCUUUCGAGGGCCAAUGGCAGAACGGGAAGCGGCACGGUCUAGGGGUGGAGACUCGCGGCCGAUGGCUCUACCGGGGCGAAUGGACGCAGGGCUUCAAAGGACGGUACGGAGUUCGCCAGUCCGCCACCUCCAACGCCAAGUAUGAGGGCACCUGGGCCAACGGCCUCCAGGACGGGUACGGCUCCGAGACCUAUGCUGACGGUGGCACUUACCAAGGACAAUGGCUGAGGGGAAUGAGGCACGGGUACGGAGUGAGGGCGAGUGCCCCAUUCGGCCUGGCGUCUCACUACCGACCCAACAAGACACUACGGGCUUCCCUGACCUCCCUCCGCAGCAACGAGGGCGGGGCCACGGCCGGGGCGGAAGCUGCCGCAGAGAGAGACCGCAGAGUCGAUGACUCCAGGGGUGGCUUCGUGCUCAAGGCCAGGAGUGACGAACCUCCUGUCCGCAGACGCUCCCUCGUCGAGAAGUCCAGCGGCAUCAAGAAGUCCAUCCUCUCUGGACUGAAGAUCCGGAAGCAGCGGAGUAGUACCGGAGACCUGGAGAAGCGAGGCACGUCUGGAGGCAGUAUCCGGAGCACGGGGUCAAGCGCGUCCUGGGUCAGCACUGAGUCUUCACACUCCGGGGUCACAAGCGGCUCCGUCCACACUGACUCCAACGCUAGCUUUGUAGUUGAGGAUGAGCACAUGGAUGCCAGUGUUACCGAGACUUAUAUGGGGGAGUGGAAAAAUGAUAAGAGAUCCGGUUUCGGUAUAAGUGAACGUUCGGAUGGACUCAGAUACGAGGGUGAAUGGUUCGGGAAUAAAAAGUAUGGGUACGGUGUAACAACGUUCAGAGAUGGCUCCAAGGAAGAAGGAAAAUACAAGAACAAUGUUUUGAUUACAUCUCAAAAGAAAAAACAUUUAUUUUUAAUUAGAUCAGCCAAGUUCCGUGAAAGGAUAGAUGCCGCCGUCAACGCAGCCCAACGUGCCUCCAAGAUAGCCCUGCAGAAAGCGGAUAUCGCCAUUUCAAGAACAGCGACGGCUCGUGGCAAAGCAGAGUUAGCCGACAUGGCAGCUGACCAAGCGAGGGAGGACUUUGAAAUAGCCAGAACGACAGCGAAGCAGUUUGCUCCGGACUUUACUCAACCAAGUUUGGACAAACUAAGGAGUAGAGAAAUUCCAAAGUAUCGGCCUCCACCAGAAGACACACAGCCAGCCAAGUCCAUCCUGCAUCAACAGAAACCACCUGCCUCGUCAUUAACAGAUUCGCAAGUCACUUCAUCUCCGAAGAACACUGCAGCUCCCUCCAAUCCGAACACAACAUCUCAGACACAGUACGAGUCACAGGCGCAGUACCAGGCGAAACCACAGUCCUCCUACCAGACCCAACAAUCCCUGCAGUCCCAACAAAGCACACAGUCACAAUACCUGUCGACGCAACACUACCCGAACACGUCACAACAACAAUCGAUCUCACAACCCCAACAAUACUCGAACCCGCCAGCCCAACAACAGUACCAAUCCCAACAACAGUAUCAGCAACAACAAUUCCAGCCCCAGAACCAACCGAACCCACCAUCACAAAUGAAUUACCAACCACAAUCCCAGAGUCAGUACCAGUCGCAGCUGAACCAACAGUCUUACUUGGGUCAAGACAAGCUACCUCAGGCCAUGGUCACACCCCCCACUCCCCUGCCAGAACCACACAAGAUGAAUCCUGACAGUUCAGAUUCUUCUCACCCUAGGAAUGAAAUCAGGCGGAAUUCAAGACAGGUCCAACAAGGGAAUGAAGCUCCUGGUUACAGCUUCCAACAGGCGAUGAGUGAUCACUUUGACCACUACAAGCGGCCGCCAAGCAGAGACAGCAGUGUCGACCGCUACACCAGGGCCGCCAGUAGAUUAGCAGGGUCCCGCCAACCAUCAGUGGACAAGCCGGUGGGCCCCGCCGCUACUGCCGAGGCACCCACCAUGGGAGACCGCACCCCCCGUGCUCCAUCCCUGGCCCGCUCCACCACCCCUCUGCCCCGUGCUCCCACACCCCUCGCCGGCAACGGUGCGGCGGUCGGUGCAGGCCAACCAGCCUACGUCGUGCCCAACACUCCCGCCAGCCCGCAGCCUCCUUUCGAGGACGUCAUUCUCAGAAAGAGAGGACUUGGACAAGACAUUGUGCCUUCACCUCUUGGCCAGCCUAAGCGUACUGAGUCACUUUACAUAGCAGCAGCGAGAAAAGAACCUCCACCACCUAAGACUAUGCCCGUAAACACAACACUUCAGCGCAAGAAGAGUUUGCCCGAUGUCCAAGUACUGCCCCGAGCUGCUGAGCCCAUGUCCCGUGAAGAGGCGUCAGUUUUGAGUUCUGCGAGAAGAGAGGAGCUACGUCGGAUGACUGAGGAAGCCGAGAAGCUUCGUGCCAACCCACUUUUAUACCUUGUUAGUCCGAAUGUCAAGGACUGGUUUUCAAGACAGCAACUGGUGAUGCUCGUCCUAUUUGUCAACAUCUCAUUAGCCAUCAUGUUCUUCAAACUGCUGACAUAGUAAAGAAUCUAGUGUCACGUCAGGACAGUGAUCCAUCUUCAGGUUUCUUCGGUGGCUAGAGACUGUAGCCAUCGGUCAUGAGACUGAACCGUUUGCCGCUCACCUCUGGAGCCAAAGACUAUUCCUCUAAGUUGAACUCGUCGGAAUGCGUUGCGUUGUUUGCGGUUGCGAGCCCAGUGAACGAAGCCGAGUCGGUUACGACCCAGUGAACCGAACAGAUAUGAAAUGGAUUUUUGAAGUUUUAUAUUAAACGCUAUAGUCAUGCAAGCACAAAUAUAUUCACUUUUAAGUGUUGGUAAUCCCCAGCAUCAUUUCUUCCACUUCUUGUCCGAUGGAGAUGUCCAAAGAGAUUGUGCCUAUUAAAAUAUAAAUUGUUAGGCUAUUGAUUUUUCAGGAAGAAUCUUUAUUGGAUUCGUUUCAAAACGGAGGAUUAAUUUCAGCCACGGUGGACCCUUCCUGAAUCCCUUUGCCAAAGAUUUGUUACUACCUGUUGUUGUGUUGUUACCGAAAAUAAUCGUUUUGUAUUAACUGUACAUUUUAUUAAGUUUGACUAAGAUUUUAACAAGAGGUCCUGAUACUCAGAGCUACGGGAUCAGUACACACAAGGCUGUCUAGGGAUCAGGCGAAAGCCAAAGAAAUUAUCGCUAUUUUACUCAGAUAUUUUAUAUAUUUCCUUGUAAAUAGUAUAUACAAUUUUUACAACACUCGGAAACCAAAUAAUUAAAUUUGUUGUAUCGAAUCUCUAUGCUUGUACAUAAUCUAGAUUAGGAUUAUUACUAUUGUUACGUUAAAAUGUUUUUCACUUCAGUAAACUAAGUGAAGGAAUCAGUGAUUUUGUUACGAAGGGAAUUUUUCCAUUGCCAUUUGUGUUCCCUUUCAGUUCCUCGGGGGUGUGGCAGUAGCUGCAGUGUGCCUUGUACUUGUGGGAAUAGAGAGGUCGAGUUAAAUCAGGGGUAGCCUCCAAAUUCCGAAUAAAUCAUUUUUCUUAAGAGUUACCACUGUUCUUUAGAAUAGCUCCUUGCUUAGUUUUGAAGUGAAAAUUUAUCUAUAUGUUCAUCAUGUUGCCAAUAAAUUACAUUUUUGGAAAAA